CUGCACAUAUAGGACAAUAAGAGAGACAGGAUACAGCUUUUUCUCCAGCAGAGGAAGGGGGGGUCCUCCAGCACCAAACUAGCAGAGUCUGCCAGGUCCUCGUCUUGGACCUUAGCAAGCCAUCUCUCUGGAUAUAAAAAAUGGACUGCAGUUACUCCAGGACCUGGUAAGCAAAGCAGCACCUGGACUGUUUCUCUUUCUCUGCCGCCCUCCCCUUGGCACAACCUGGCACAGGAGUCUCUAUCCAUGUGCAUGGCAGAGGGUGAGCCUGGAGGAUUGAUUUGGACAGUUCUAGGAAGAAGAGAUGGGACCCAGCAGUGUGCAUGGCGUGCCAGCCUGCAGGGGUAGAGGUUUGAGAGCCAGGGGGUGCUGCUGUCUGCCCCCAUUGCAGCUCAUAGUGCUGCUGCUCUGCACGGGAUGCUGCUGCAGAGCUCAGGUGUACAACCUCAGCCUGGCCGUGGAUGAGGGUCUGCCCGCUGGUACCUUGGUGGGGGAUAUCCGAGCCGGCCUGCCGGAGGGGAGCCCCGGGGAAGGAUUCUUUCUGUCGGAAGAGGACGGGGAGUCCCCGGUACUCAGAGACUUUGCCGUGGACUCGGAGACCGGGAUCGUGCGGACCCUGCGAGCCCUGGACCGGGAGAGGAGGGAGCGCUACCGCUUUGUGGCGGCCACCCUGCUGGGGGAGGUGGUCCAGGUGGACAUCAGGGUCCGGGAUGUCAAUGACCACUCGCCCGCCUUCCCCCUGCGCUCCCUGCGGCUGCAGGUCUCCGAGCUCACCCCUCCCGGCACUUCCUUCAGACUGCCCGCAGCCAGGGACCCGGACACUGGGGAGCACGGUCUCAGGGGCUACUCACUGCUCAUGGGGGGCCGGGGCGCCCCCUUCAUCAUCAGGUACGGGGGGACCCAGCAGGGCUCUGAUGGAGGGACUGGGGAACUCAGUGACCACCUGAGAGACUGGAGUGAGCUGGAGGACAGCAGGGAAGAGGGGAUUGGAAAAGAUGAAAGACCCCCAAGAGUUUGGGAAGAGAAAACUGAGUUGGGGGUCAUUGGUGAAAGGAACCUGGAACAUGAGGGGAGUGAAGCUACACUCAGGGUACAUAGUGAUGGGUUGGAGAAAGAGAUAUUGCCAGGUGAGCAGCCUUAUAGUGAUCAGACUAAUGAUGAAUUAAAGAAACAUACAAGAGUUGUGAGGAAUGAUAACACUGGAGUGGGAGAUAUGGAGAAUGGACAAGCAGAACGACAAGCCCACAGGGACAAUAGUUUUACUUCUUGGCAAGAGUAUGCAACAGAUAGGCAGGGAUAUGAGUUCAGCACAGAGCCAUAUGACUAUGGGGCAUAUGGAGAUACUGGGAGACAGGACGCCACAGGAGACUCAAAUGAAGACCUACACAUGGAAGGGACAGGAGUUGAUUCCAGAUUACAUCCCUUAGAUCUGGUAUUGACACAGUGGUUAGAUAGAGAAGAGCUGGACAGUUAUCAGCUACAGGUGGAAGCAUUUGAUGGAGGUCACCCAAGAAGGACUGGAAGGCUUACUGUAGAUAUUAUAGUCAUGGAUGCUAAUGACAACCCCCCGACCUUUGACCAGACAGAGUAUCAGGGAUGGGCAUGGGAGAAUGCACCAUUGGGAACACCAAUAUGCACCGUUCAUGCCAUUGAUCCAGAUCUUGGUAGCAACGGAGAGGUUAGCUACAGUUUGCGUUCUGGGGAUGGAUAUUUCAUAGUAGAAGAGGAUAGUGGGAUAGUAAGGGUAAGUCGCCCCUUGGAUAGAGAACAGAGGGGUUUCCACCAAUUGGUGGUCCAAGCUAGUGAUGGAGGAGAUCAGCCGGAGGUGUCCAGUGUUCUGCUCACUAUUCGUGUCUUAGAUGUCAAUGAUAACAGCCCCCACAUCCAUAUCACCCUGCUUACAGAUAAUGGAAGGCCAGAGGUUUCAGAAGGAGCACAUGUUGGAGAGUAUCUAGCCAGAAUUUCUGUGUCAGAUCCUGACUUGGAGUCCGAGGAAGGACCUAGAGAACAAAAGGAUCAUGUAGAGCUGAAAAUGCAAGAUAAUGUACGACAAGUGAAAAAGGGUUAUGAUAAGGAGGCAGAAUCUUUGGGAUCGAGGCAAGGACAAGUAGACAGCACUAGAGACAUAAGACAGAAGAUAAACAGGCAUCAAAUUAAAGGGGACACAGGGAAUAUGGGGAAACCUGAAGAGCAAGAUAGUCCUGAUAUAGACAGAAAAGGUGGUGUAAGGCCUGUGUCAAAUAUAGAGGCUGGUAUUCAGGAAGAACAACACAAUAGUUCUCACAGGACACAGGCAGAUAGCAUAGUGGGUAUUAGAAGAAGGAAUGAAGAACUAAAGCACCCUCUGAGAAAUCUUGAUAACAGCAAUCAGAAUAUGUCUACGAGGCACAGGGAGCAGAAUCAGCAAAUAUCUAGUAGAUCUGAGAUGCAACAACAUGUAAUUGUAACUCUGGAAGGUGGGGAGGGUUUCUUCUCUCUUCGCCCUGUUGGACCACAUCUUUAUUUCUUAUGUGUAGAAGCUCCUUUGGAUAGAGAGACAAAAGACCUUUAUGAACUAAAACUACUUGCAACAGACUCUGGGUCCCCUCCCUUACAAAGUCACAAAACACUGCUUUUGAGGAUUACAGACCUGAAUGACCAGCCCCCCUAUUUCACUCAACCUGAGGGAUAUCAGACCUCCAUUUCAGAAGCUGCUUCUCCUGGUACUGGUGUACUUAAAGUUAAUGCCCAAGAUAUGGACGAGGAAGGCCCGAAUGCGAGUAUAACUUACUCUCUGAAAGUAGGCCCCGACUCUUUAUUCUUCUCACUCGAUCCACAUACUGGGAUUCUUAGCACCACUCGAGUUCUGGAUCACGAGAAAGAAUCUGUUUUGCAUGUUGUGGUGGUAGCUACAGAUCAUGGGAGCCCACCACUAUCUUCCAGUUCCCAAGUUACUAUCCUGGUGGAGGAUAUCAAUGACAAUGAACCAGUCUUCUUUCAGCAGUUCUACAAUGUAACGCUGCAGGAGCAUACAACUGUAGGACAGUGCUUUCUCCAGGUCAAAGCUAUUGAUGCAGAUUCUGGCUUGUUUGGCCACAUUCGCUAUUCUGUUUAUGAUGGCUUUCACGACUCCAAGGAAUCCCAGAAAUUUAGUAUUGAUCGAGAGACUGGGCAAAUCUGUGUGGGCCAAGAUAUUAACAGAGAAGGUGAGGCUGGCAGCUACGACCUUCUGGUUAAAGCACAGGAUGAGGGUGGAUUAAGUGCCCAAGCCUUUGUUCGAAUUGAAAUAGAAGACAUAAAUGAUAAUGCUCCUACAUUUGAGCCUACAACAUAUAUGACAAGUAUUAGCAGUCAUGCUCAGCCUGGGACGGAGAUCCUUAAUGUCAUGGCCUCAGACAGCGAUGGAGGAACCUUUGGUGAAGUGACAUAUGAGCUUAUUCCUGGUGACCUGUCUUCUUUGUUUACUGUGGACUCAUCAACAGGUAUUAUUUACUUAAUCUCCACACUCAACCACUUGGAAGAUGCAAGGAUUUUCCUGUCUGUUUCUGCACGGGACAAAGGUGGUCUUACCUCUACUGUGAAUGCCUCUGUGACAAUAAAUAUCCUUAAGACUGCUGUAGCACCAGCAAUAUUUGAAAAGAAUCGUUACACAUUUUUUAUUGCCGAAGAUGCACCUAAAGGUAGUGCUGUUGGGACAGUAAAGGCCAGGGAGCCUGCAAAUUACGUGGAACCAGUUUCAUACAAGAUAUUAUCUGGCAAUCUGAAUGAGCUGUUUAGCAUUACCUCUCAGUUUGGUAUCAUCAAAACCAAACAGGAGCUAGACCAUGAAACUCAACCCCUGGUUGUUCUUAUUGUCCAGUCUCAAAUGGGAAAUGCCUCGGUCUUCAGCAACACUCAAGUCAACAUCAGCAUAACUGAUGUAAAUGAUAACGCACCACAUUUCCCUGUGGAGAAUGAAAGAAUUAUCAUAUACCAACAUAGCCAACCAGGCACUGCUUUAUACGUUGCUCAGGCAAAAGACCCUGACAGUGAACUUAAUGGAUUAAUUUCGUACAGCAUUGCAAGUGAAAAGCAAGACAUGUUUAGCAUUGACCCAAGCCUUGGGAUUCUGUAUCUCAACUCCACUUUAAUGAUGAUCUGUGAACACAUUCUUCUAAUACAGGCUGAGGAUAGCGGUCACCCUACUCUAAGGUCUCAUCUUACCUUAACAAUUAGCGUGGAACAACUGGAGGAGGUUAAAGUGUUAACCUUCGGGAACAUGGUGCAUCACAUAGAGGUCAAUGAAGGAUCCCCAGUGAAUUCCAGAAUCAUUCAAGUCAAAGCCUAUAUCCAAGGAUUCCAAAGUCUUUCCUCUAAAAUAGUUUACACACUAAACCCCGUUAUUAAUUCAGUUACAUUUGGAAUGCAUAGGAGUACCGGGUGGAUAUUCCUUCGCAGGUCGCUGGAUUACGAAACUACUAAAACAUACAAUCUUAAAGUGUUUGCAAAGUGUUUUGAACAUGGUGAAGAGCUAACUGCAACUACUUCUGUGAUUAUCAACGUAUUGGAUGAAAAUGACAAUUCACCUACGUUUCACCAAGAUUUUCAUUUCUUUACUGUUGAGGAAAAUCCUGUUCCACAAGGCGUGAUUGGCACAAUCAGUGCAUUUGACAUGGACUCAGGAAAAAAUGGACAAUUGUCAUAUUUUCUUUUAUCUGAAGGAUCUAAUUUCUUGAUUAGUUCCACAACAGGUGAAAUUAUAAAUUGUGCUGCACUAGAUCGUGAGCAAAAAAGCUAUCAUCAGCUUACUGUGCUUGUGACUGACCAUGGUAGUCCACGCCGUAACGCCACGACCAUUGUCUACAUCAGAGUCACUGAUCUUAAUGAUAACAAGCCAUAUUUUCCACAAGUGACUUCAGGAAAACAGCUCAGAAUCAAGGUUUUUGAGACUGAAUCAGAACAAGUAGUGGCUAAUAUGUUUGCAAAGGAUCCUGAUGAUGGCAGAAAUGGGACAGUUGUACAUGCAUUAACUUCAGACAACCAUUCUGGCCAAUUCAUUAUUAAUUCUACUAGUGGUGAAAUACGGACCGCCCAGGCUCUUUCCGUGAACAUGAGAUCAUAUUAUCAAGUGACGGUCACAGCGACUGAUCUAGGAACUCCUCCUUUACAGGAUUAUGCCAUUCUUAAUAUUGAGGUUAUUCCAAGCAUUAAAGAAAGAUCUCAACUUUUUCCAGAACUACAGACCUACAAGGUCCCAGAAAAUGUUAAACCUGGACAAAUAAUUGCCUCUUUAAAACCAUAUGAUCAUACAUUCUCACUUAACAGGAAACUGCAUUACCACAUAAAUGAUGAAGACCAUGGCCAUUUUCUUAUGGAAAGUUCUACAGGAGAUAUAUACCUAACAAAACAACUGGAUUAUGAAACCAAGUCUCAGUAUUUCUUAAGCAUCAGCAUACAGGACAACAACGAGUCUCCACCUCAAAAUCAAUCAUCUUUCAUUAAACUUGACAUUGUAGACACAAAUGAUCAUUCCCCAUUAUUUCAUGACAGUUUCAUAGUUAUAGGUGUCCGUGAAGAUAUACCUGUUGGAACACAUGUAUAUACAUUUAAAGCCAAGGAUGGUGAUGGUAGUUUACAGAACAGCAAAGUAAAAUAUUUGUUAAAUGCUGAUGAGAUCUCCAUAAAUCCUUUUAUUAUUGAUGAAUGGGAUGGCACCUUGAUUACAGCCAAAGAGCUAGAUAGAGAAACAAUGGACUCUUUUGUUCUCACAGUUAUCGCAACAGACCAGGUUACAAACAUAACUCAUCGCAGGCUGGGCUCACUGACAGCAAGGAUUGUCAUUCAAGACGUCAAUGACAACAGUCCAUACUUUGUAUCUUUGCCGGUUGCCUCUGUUAUGGAAGAUGCUGAAAUUGGCUCCCUUAUACAUCACAUAGCAGCUGAGGAUCCAGAUAAUGGAAGGAAUGGAAAAAUUACUUUUCGUAUACUAGACGGGAAUUCAAAACAAGCAUUUUGGUUGGAUGAAACAACAGGAUGGUUGACAUUAUGCUCCCCAAUAGACCGGGAAUUGCAAAGCCUUUAUGUUUUGACCAUUCUUGCUUUCGAUGAUGGAUCUCCAGUACUCUCCACAACUCAGACUAUGACCGUCACAGUCAUUGAUGUAAACGAUGAGUCUCCAAAAUUCCUAAAACCCUUGUAUGAAGCUACAGUGCCUGAAAACCGAGAACCUGGAUUUUAUGUAAUGAGAAUAGACGCAGUGGACUCUGAUUCAGGGAUAAAUUCUAUGCUGGCAUAUCAGAUUGUCCCAGGCCCUGCACAUGGACUUUUCAGGUUAAAUCCACAUACUGGAGAACUGGUAACAGCUGCAAUAUUUGACAGAGAGAAACAGGAGCACAUCUUCCUUAAAGUUGUGGUGACAGAUGGUGGAGCUCCUUCGUUAUCUAGUACAGCAACCAUUAUGUGCACUGUCUUGGAUGAGAAUGACAUUACCCCAGAGUUUUUGCAUCCUAGUGUUGAGAUUCAUAUACCAGAAAACCAGGAACUGGGAAUCAUUCACAAAUCUUUGGCUCUGGACAAAGAUUCUGGCAACAAUGGGAUAGUCCACUUCCAAAUAAUUGGUGGAAACACGGGUGAAUAUUUUGUUAUGAAUAACACUUCAGGGGAGCUUUGGGCCACCCGCAGUUUAGAUAGAGAAGAUGUCAGCAAUUUUACCAUCAUCUUGGAGUGCUAUGACCUGGGCAGCCCCCAGAGAAGCUCUACAGCCAAACUCCAAAUUAAAAUCUUGGACCAAAAUGACAAUCCACCUACAUUUUCUAAGAGCCAGUACCGCACAUCUGUGAAAGAGGACUUAACUAUUGGAUCAUAUGUUCUCAACCUUUCAGCUUCAGAUAUAGAUGAAGGUUUAAAUGGUGAAAUCAUAUACUCUUUAAUUGAUGACACUCAAGGAGUCUUUACUAUUAAUUGUACCACUGGUAGUAUUGUAACCACAAAGGCUUUAGAUCGAGAACUUAAACAACAAUUUGCCUUUAGGGUGGUCGCAAGUGACUGCAGUACACAUGGACCAAAAAGUACUACUGUUAAAGUUCUGGUAAAUGUUGAAGAUGUAAAUGAUAACAGUCCUUUGUUUUCUGAUGACCUUGUCCAUGUUUUUGUUUCUCCCGAAAUUCUGGUCAAUCAAACAGUAGCUACUGUACAUGCAAGUGAUGUCGACCUUGGUUUGAAUGGAACAGUUGUAUAUAAUUUGGUAGAAGAGGAUUCCUUAUUUCACAUUAACAGAGAAACUGGAGAUAUAAUACUUCAAAUGCCUUUGCCAUCUGACUCUUUCAAGAGUGUAGCUCUCAAAGUGGAGGCUUCUGAUUUAGGAACCCCAGCAAGGAUGGCUACAUGCCUUGUAAUUAUUGACAUACAAGACCUGGAACAGGAAAUAGUUUUUGGUCAUAAUCUCUACAAAGCCACAAUACUUGAGAACAGUGUACCAGGUACAUCAGUUCUGACUGUCUGGGCACAACAUUAUAAGCCAAAAGGAGAAGCCAUACAUUACUACAUUUUAAGUGGAAAUGAAGAAGAAGCAUUUAGAUUGAAUAAUGUAACAGGGGAACUAACGGUAAAAGAGCCAUCAUCUCUUGACUUUGAAGUCAGAAACAAAAUUAAUCUGGUUGUCUCAGCUGAAACGAGUACAUUUGUGACUUACUGCAGAGUGAGAAUUUCCAUUCAGGACAUUAAUGACAGUCCACCGGUAUUUGAAAAAAGCCAUCACAUAGUAUCAGUGCUGGAAGGCCAAGCAUACAACAUAUUUAUAACCCAGGUUUUUGCUGCAGACGCAGACAGUGGAAUAAAUGGACAGAUAGAUUACUCAAUCAUAGGAGGCAAUGAAAAUACAGCUUUCGUUAUUGAUCCACAGCAUGGCAUUCUCUCAACAAAUGCAAUUCUUGAUCGAGAAAUUAAAUCCUCCUACAGGUUAGGUCUUCAGGCAUCUGACCGAGGGUCUCCUAGUCUUUCUGCAACAAGUGAAGUGUUAGUACUAGUUUCGGAUAUUAAUGAUAAUGCUCCAACAAUUCCACCUUUAGAAACUGUGUCAGUUGCUGAAGAUGUUGCUCCCGGAUACACUGUAACUCGUGUGUCAGCUAAUGAUGUGGAUCUACAGCCUGUGUUACUAUACAGUUUUACAAAAGAUGGCAAUCCUGGACAGAAAUUUGCUAUUGAUAGACACACCGGGGUGGUAACACUUAUUGAUCCGUUGGAUUAUGAGGAAACAUCUCAGUAUAAUCUAAGGAUUCAGACUUCAGAUUUGAUACACCAGUCAGAAGCUGAGCUCACUAUCAAGGUUUUGGAUGUAAAUGACAAUCCACCAGUAUUUACACAAGAUUCAUAUAAGGUCACGGUGCCUGAAUUGACAGCCCCAGGUACAUUUAUUAUCUCUGUAUCAGCUACAGACAAGGACUCCAUGCUCGUUGGUCCCAUUUCCUACAGAAUUCUUGCACCCUCAAAGGGAUUUACAAUUCAUCCAACAAGUGGUUCUAUACACACUAACAUGCCAGUGGAAAUCAAGGAUAAAAGAACAGUGCUUCAUAUUCUCAUAGAAGCUGAAGAUAGUGGGAAUCCCCCUUUGGCUUCCACUGCAAGUCUUGAAAUAUUGAUCCACGAUGUGAAUAACUAUGCCCCAAAGUUUUCUGAAGAGGUUUACCGGAUUAGUGUCACUGAAGACACACCAGUAGGAGAUGCAGUGCUCACUUUCACAGCUACAGACCUAGACUGGACACAUGAGAAUGCAUAUAUUGAUUAUUCUAUUAUUAGCGGAAAUACACAAAACUUGUUUUACGUGGAAAGCAGUGGAGUUUAUUCCAGAACCCCUUUUGUAGUGGUCGGGAAACUUAUUAUAAAUAAUGUUCUGGACUAUGAAAUAGCACCCAAUCACAAACUGGUCUUAGUUGCCUCAGACCAGGGCUUCCCGUCAUUAAAUUCCAGUGUUACUGUAUUUAUAUCCAUUAUUGAUUCCAAUGACAAUCCACCAAUAUUUGGCAACAUGGAGCAUCACGUUAGUAUAAGAGAACACCAUCCAGUUAAUAGUGAUGUGACCUCCAUUAUUGCAACUGACUGUGACACUGGAGACAAUGGAGUUAUUACAUACAGCAUAGCAUCUGGAAAUGAUGAGGGCUACUUCACAAUUCGAGAGCAAGAUGGUACCAUUAUUUUAUUAAGAGAUUUAGACUAUGAAGAAAUUAUGAGAUUUACCUUAACUGUUCAGGCCACUGAUGGAUGGGGAAACCGAAGAAAUGUAGCCUUUUCUGAACUCUUCAUCGAUGUAUUAGAUGACAAUGAUUUUCCUCCAAAGUUCCCUUUUCAUAGCUUAAGCUGCAGUCUACGUGAAAAUGUGCCUUCCUUCACACCUGUAUGCUCAGUUUAUGCCAUUGACUUGGAUUCAGGGCCUUUUGGUGUACUGAGUUAUUCAAUUCAAACUGUAUGUUUGAAUGAUCACACAAAUCAAGAAACAUUUUUCAUAGACUCAUUAACAGGCAAUAUUUAUACAAAGCACAGCAUUGACUAUGAAACACAGAAAAAAUACUGUCUUGUAGUUCAGGUGAAAGAUAAAAGUGAAUCCACUUCUUCUGUAUUAGUGUAUGUUGAUAUUGAAGGGGAGGAUGAAUACCAACCUGUAUUCUACAAAAAUCAAUAUAUGUUUGACUUACCAAAGGAAAAUAAUCCUGGGCAAGAAGUAGGCAAAGUCGAAGCAUCAGAUGAUGAUAGUGGACUUGACGGGAUAAUUGAAUAUUUCCUUGAUAGACCCUCACAGUUUUUUUCAGUUAACAUAACAAAUGGGAUAAUAUACUUAACUAGAAGUGUACACAAGCAAAGAAGUAGCAUAAAGAAAAAUGAUGAAGUUAUUGAGUUAUUUGUGCAAGCUCGAAGUCCAAAGUUUGACUCUAAGACAACAACCUGCAAUGUGCAAGUCAACAUUUCCUCAGCUCUUGAAACCUACCCUGGCAUGUCAGCAAACAUACUUUCCAUUAGUUUCAGCAUUUCCUUUGUGGUUUUCUUGCUUUUGGCUAUAAGUUUUAUUGGAAUUAUUUUAAGAUAUAAGCGAAAAGAUGUUGUAAAUGCUUGUGGAAUAAAAGACACUGACAUUCCUGCACUUCCCAAUUCCAAUGGGAAAGACUGCAUCUCAGAUGAGGGUCCAAAAUAUGAAAAUAUUAAGAGCAUUGUAGCUCCAGAUACAUCAGAGUGGUUGGGAUUAGUUGGCAUCAGAGAAAAGAAAGAUACAGGAAACAAAUGUAGGAAUUCAGACUCAAGUGGCCAUGGCUCCACUGAAGGGGAAACUGCUGAAGAUGAAGAAAUCCAAAUGAUCAACGAAUAUCCUCUUCGGAAGGAAUCCAGCUCUGUGUUGAGUGAAAGAGCAUCCCGAGUGCCAGACUCUGGUAUUCCAAGAGAAUCUGAUUUACUGUCGUGUGAGUCGGAUGAAACAGAUGUGGUGAUUGGAACCGAAAGCACAGAGAGUAUAGUGAAUAUAAAAGAUGAAAACGAAGAAGAGGAACACAACAGACAAUUUAGUUGUGAAAAGGAAUUACCUAAAGCACAUCUAAAUAGUGAAAGAUUGGAAAAAGACAAUACCACAAUCCCAGACACUAAACAGGACUAUAUCUAUAUCCCUACUUCCUAUGAUUCAAGGUAUGGAUCUCUAGCAUCUUUGGUAGCCUCUGAUGAGGACCUGAGAGGAAGUUAUAAUUGGGAUUACCUACUAAGUUGGGAACCCAGGUUCCAAACACUUUCUUCUGUGUUCUGUGAUAUUGGAAAGCUAAAAGAUGAAAAGAUGAACAGGCAUGGCAUGCCCAAACAAAAAAAACCUUUAAUUUUUCCACCUCCACUCAUUACAUCAGUAGCACAGCCUGGCAUAAGGGCAGUUCCACCACGAAUGCCAACUAUAUUGUCUGGACAACCAUUUCUAAAAUAUCCCCGUUCCCCUUUCUUCACCAAUCUUGCAUGCCAGUCCUCAACAAUGAGCCCAACAUUUUCUCCUUCUCUGUCUAUGCUCACAGUGCACACUCCAUCAACAUCACCACCAGACACGAUCAUUUCAGGAACAUCUGCACCUACUUUAUCUGAAGAACUCUUAAUACAACAAGAGUUUCAAGUGUAAAAUGCAAGACAUGACACGUAUAAUGGACAUCACUUGGGACCAAAUGAUGCAUGUGUAAAGUAAUACAUUUGACUUGCAGUUUGUGUGUGAUAUUCUUACUAGCUAAAUGGAUUAGUGCAGAUGAUAUUGUACCCAGUCAAAGAGAUGGCGAUCAGUUAUGGCUCUAGUUAUUUACAUUAUGGAAACCUUUAUGUGUCAACCACAAACAAACCAGUUUUUAAUAUUGAACACCCAUUUAUCAUCUCCUGAAAUGCAUGCACAUUGCUCAAUAGAAAAUCAAGCGGUAAAAAGGCCAGUAUUUACCAGCAUUUAUUUAUGUAACAAACUAAUACUGUUAAAUUUAAAAUGUCACAUGAAUAUGUUGUAUAUAGCCUAUGCAGAAUGUCAUCCCCAUGUAAAUUACAAUGAGUAAAAUAAUGUUUCACGUUCAAUGUAAAUGUAUGCAGAGAAUUCUGAUACACAGAGAACAAGCCAAUAUAAAGACGUGUAAGGAUGUACUGUUUUAAUAUGAACCAUUUAGAACUAGUAAGACACCAAAGAUCACAGAUAAGUAGCUUCUAUCUGGGAAAAACACAUUGUAAAAUGACUAAAGUACUCAUACUUUUAUAAUGUAAAUUGAUUAGAAUUAAAGUUAUUACUAUAACUAUCACAAUUUAUCUAUUCCAUGCCUUGCAUAUAAUGUAAUAGAAAGAGAUUAAUAUUAAGCCCCCUGUUUUAAGAAGUAAACAUUCUUAGAGUUACUCACUUAAUAGAAAUUGUUGGGAAAUUGACCAUGCAAAUGUAGUUUCUAGGCCACAAUAGCCAAACUUUAGAUAUUUUUCAACUUUGUAUAUUUUUAUGAGGUUUCAGAUAUGUAGUUUAGAUGUCUGUCAACUUGGAAGCAAGAUUCCACAAAGUGUUCAAUCGUAUUAUCUCAAUGUGCACCAGGUUUCCUGAAAACCUUUCAUAGGAUAGUAAAUACUAAUUAAAUCACUAAAUAAAAAUGCAGUGUAUCCGGUAGACCGGAAUGAGACAGACCUGAUUGGUGCAGAAACUAGUAAUACACAGUUUGAGAAUCCAUUGUUUUGUGUCUUGUCUAAUGUUAUAAAAUGUCUUAUUGUGGACAGUAGUUCAGUUAUAGUUGUCCAAUUGUUUGUUGGUUAUAUUUUUGAUACCUUGGCUUACAAAGCUAGCCACAUACAGGGCCUUAUUUCCAGGUGGUGUGCCUCUAAGAAGAAAGCUUUAGACAAGGGAUAGGCAACCAUCUGCACUCCAGAUGUGGACUAAAUUUCCUAUAAUGCUCUUACAGUCAUAACACUUGCAAAGCAUCACGGGAGAUGCAGUCCGCAGUCCAGAACAUCUGCAGUGCCAAAAGUUGCCUAUCCCUGCUUAAGACAAAUGUAAUCUUAUCUUUGGUUAACAUCAGAGUUCACUAGCAUAGUUUGAACAUAUCUUAUCAAGUCCAAAUGAUUUGCAGACAAACAUGUUUGAAUGUUCUUUUGCACCACUCAAUACACCAGUACGGUCAACUUGUUAUUGUUAGUUUCAUAGUAUCAAGCUAAAAACCUGAUAUGGAAUGACUUUCUAUAUGUUCAUGUGAAAGACAUGAUGUCCAGGAUUAAUAAAGGACAAAGCAGCAAUGCAGCAAUUUAAAUGUGAUUUUUAGGGGUGAAUAUGGUAAAGGGAAGGUUUCUAAAUUCAAGUUAUAAUAGCUUCGAAAAAGUGAACAUGAGCAAUUAAAACAACAAAUUAUAUCAUGUUCUCCUUGGUUGACUUUUAAAUAAAUAUAAAUUAAAGUGUAGUAUUUUUAGAAUGGAUACUUUGGCAGAGUGGCCAUAUUUCUUUUAUAUGGUGCUUAUACAAAUGCCUAUAACUUUGUAAAAAUAAUAUUGUCCUAUCCCGCUCCAUGCAGUUGUAUUUUAUUGUGUUAAAUCGGAGGGAUUAUUAAAAGCUGCAAAAUUGACUUUCAGUGAUGUUUACUGAACAUUAUUAUUUUAUACUUUAUAAUUGCAGUACAUUCAUAAAACUAUAACAACAAUUUUACCAAUGAAAAAAUAUGGAAAAAAAAAUGAUUCUGAGUGAAUAAAAAAGUGUCGAUUUGCUAAUGUG